GGCGGCGGCGGCAGCGGCCGCUGCAGCCCCACACUCCGCCGCCAAACUGGAGGAGCGACGGAAGGCAGACCCCAGGAGGAUGGAGGAUGAAGCUGUCCUGGACAGAGGGGCUUCCUUCCUUAAGCAUGUGUGUGAUGAAGAAGAAGUAGAAGGUCACCAUACCAUCUACAUUGGGGUCCAUGUGCCGAAGAGCUACAGGAGAAGGAGACGCCACAAGAGAAAGACAGGGCACAAAGAAAAGAAGGAGAAAGAAAGAAUCUCUGAGAACUACUCUGAUAAGUCAGAUGUGGAAAAUGCUGAUGAAUCCAGCAGCAGCAUCCUGAAACCUCUCAUCUCUCCUGCCGCAGAACGUAUCCGGUUCAUCUUGGGUGAGGAGGAUGACAGCCCAGCACCCCCUCAGCUCUUCACCGAACUGGAUGAGCUGCUGGCCGUGGAUGGGCAGGAGAUGGAGUGGAAGGAGACGGCAAGGUGGAUUAAGUUUGAAGAAAAAGUGGAACAGGGUGGGGAAAGAUGGAGCAAGCCCCACGUGGCCACAUUGUCCCUUCACAGCUUAUUUGAGCUGAGGACAUGUAUGGAGAAGGGAUCCAUCAUGCUGGACAGGGAGGCUUCGUCUCUCCCACAGCUGGUGGAGAUGAUUGUUGACCAUCAGAUUGAGACAGGCCUAUUGAAACCUGACCUUAAGGAUAAGGUGACCUACACUUUGCUCCGGAGGCACCGGCAUCAAACCAAGAAAUCUAACCUUCGGUCCCUGGCAGACAUUGGGAAGACAGUCUCCAGUGCGAGUAGGAUGUUUACCAACCCUGAUAAUGGUAGCCCAGCGAUGACCCAUAGGAAUCUGACUUCCUCCAGUCUGAAUGACAUUUCUGAUAAACCGGAGAAGGACCAGCUGAAGAAUAAGUUCAUGAAAAAACUGCCACGUGAUGCAGAAGCCUCCAACGUGCUUGUUGGGGAGGUUGACUUCUUGGAUACUCCUUUCAUUGCCUUUGUUCGGCUCCAGCAGGCGGUCAUGCUGGGUGCCCUGACUGAGGUCCCUGUGCCCACAAGGUUCUUGUUCAUUCUCUUAGGUCCUAAGGGAAAAGCCAAGUCCUACCAUGAGAUUGGCAGAGCCAUUGCCACCUUGAUGUCUGACGAGGUGUUCCAUGACAUUGCUUAUAAAGCAAAAGACAGGCACGACCUGAUUGCUGGCAUUGAUGAGUUCCUAGAUGAAGUCAUUGUCCUUCCACCUGGGGAAUGGGAUCCAGCAAUCAGGAUAGAGCCUCCCAAGAGUCUUCCAUCAUCUGACAAAAGAAAGAACAUGUACUCAGGUGGAGAGAAUGUGCAGAUGAAUGGGGACACACCCCAUGAUGGAGGCCAUGGAGGAGGAGGGGGAGGACAUGCGGACUGUGAAGAACUGCAGCGAACUGGGCGGUUCUGUGGUGGACUAAUUAAGGACAUAAAGAGGAAAGCACCAUUUUUCGCCAGUGAUUUUUAUGAUGCUUUAAAUAUUCAGGCACUUUCAGCAAUUCUCUUCAUUUAUCUGGCAACUGUAACUAAUGCUAUCACUUUUGGAGGACUGCUUGGGGAUGCCACUGACAACAUGCAGGGUGUGUUGGAGAGCUUCCUGGGUACAGCUGUCUCUGGAGCUGUCUUCUGCCUGUUUGCUGGUCAGCCCCUCACCAUCUUGAGCAGCACAGGACCUGUUCUAGUUUUUGAGAGGCUUCUAUUUAAUUUCAGCAAGGACCAUAAUUUUGACUACCUGGAGUUUCGCCUUUGGAUUGGCCUGUGGUCAGCCUUCUUGUGUCUCAUUUUGGUAGCCACAGAUGCCAGCUUCUUGGUUCAGUACUUCACUCGCUUCACCGAAGAGGGCUUCUCUUCUCUGAUUAGCUUCAUCUUUAUCUACGAUGCUUUCAAGAAGAUGAUCAAGCUAGCUGACUACUACCCCAUCAACUCCAACUUCAAAGUGGGCUACAGUACUCAGUUUUCCUGUGCCUGUAUGCCUCCUGACCCAGUUAAUAGCUCAAUAUCUAAUGACACUACAUUGGCCCCAGAGGAUUUGCCAACUAUUUCUUCUACUGACAUGUACCAUAAUGCUACCUUUGACUGGGCAAUUUUGUCAACGAAGAAGUGUUUGAAAUAUGGAGGAAAGCUCGUGGGGAACAACUGUGAUUUUGUUCCUGAUAUCACCCUCAUGUCUUUCAUCCUCUUCUUGGGCACCUACACCUCUUCUAUGGCUCUGAAAAAAUUCAAAACUAGCCGUUAUUUUCCAACCACGGCAAGAAAACUGAUCAGUGACUUUGCCAUUAUCUUGUCCAUUCUCAUCUUUUGUGUAAUAGAUGCCCUGGUAGGUGUGGAUACUCCAAAACUAAUUGUGCCAAGCGAGUUCAAGCCAACAAGUCCAAACCGAGGUUGGUUUGUUCCACCAUUUGGAGGAAACCCCUGGUGGGUGUACCUUGCAGCUGCUAUCCCUGCUUUGUUGGUUACCAUUCUGAUUUUCAUGGACCAGCAAAUCACAGCUGUGAUCGUGAACAGGAAAGAACAUAAACUCAAGAAAGGAGCUGGAUAUCACCUGGAUCUCUUUUGGGUCGCCAUCCUCAUGGUGGUGUGCUCUUUCAUGGCUCUUCCGUGGUAUGUGGCUGCAACCGUCAUCUCUAUUGCUCACAUCGACAGUUUGAAGAUGGAGACAGAGACUUCUGCCCCCGGAGAACAACCAAAGUUCCUAGGAGUGAGGGAACAAAGAGUCACUGGAACCCUCGUGUUUAUUCUGACUGGUCUGUCGGUCUUUAUGGCCCCCAUCUUGAAGUUUAUUCCCAUGCCUGUACUCUAUGGUGUGUUCCUGUAUAUGGGGGUAGCAUCCCUUAACGGUGUGCAAUUCAUGGAUCGUCUGAAGCUGCUGCUGAUGCCCCUGAAGCACCAGCCAGACUUUAUCUACCUGCGCCAUGUCCCCCUGCGCAGGGUCCACCUGUUCACCUUCCUGCAGGUGCUGUGUCUAGCCCUGCUCUGGAUCCUCAAGUCAACCGUGGCUGCUAUCAUCUUUCCAGUCAUGAUCUUGGCACUUGUAGCUGUCAGAAAAGGCAUGGACUACCUCUUCUCCCAACAUGACCUCAGCUUCCUCGAUGAUGUCAUUCCAGAAAAGGACAAGAAAAAGAAGGAAGAUGAGAAGAAAAAGAAAAAGAAGAAAGGAAGUCUGGACAGUGACAAUGAUGAUGAGAAAGAUCACCAACAUUCCUUGAACGCCACACAUCAUGCUGAUAAAAUUCCUUUCCUUCAGUUACUCGGUAUGCCAAGUCCUCCUAGAACUCCAGUAAAAGUUGUGCCUCACAUUAGGAUAGAACUUGAGCCUGAAGACAAUGAUUAUUUCUGGAGGAGCAAGGGAACAGAAACUACAUUGUAACCUGUUUGUCUUUCUUCAAAUGGACAGUUUUUGUUGUUAAUGUUCUUGGGUUUUGUCUAGUUGUUUAUUUUUUUAAUUCUUGUUUUGUUUUGGUUUUUGGUCCUUGGCCAAAUAAUCUAGCACUCACUCUGCUUCUCUCUUGCAUAGGUAGAAUCAAGACAGUAGUGCACCGUUCCUUAAAAACAUCUGAAGAAUCCCCUCUUCUUUUUUUUUUUUUUUUUCAGAUGUGUCCUCUGACAUCCAAAUUCCUUUGUCACUCAAGACACGCACAGACCCUGUGCUUUCCCUUUAUUGAGCAGAGGGCAAAAGUAUUAAGGCUUUUGUAACACCUUUGAUUAAAACAUUGAAGGAACUUACAACUUUAGCUUUGGAGCUGCGCUUACAGCUUGUGUGUCCGUCGGGCAGAAGAACCCGGGGCCCCCAGGCAGAGCCCCCCCUUGCUUAUAGAGCUCUCCAGGACUGGAAAAAGUGCUGCUAUGCUAAUUUGCUCUUGCUUGUAAGCCCUCAUCUUAGAGUUAUCAGAAGAAGAAAAACUCAAGGUACUUUACUCCCUGUAGAGAAACUAUUGCCAUCAUUGUAGCAAGUGCUAGAAUAUCCCUUUUUCCUAUGCAACUUUUUUUAACCCUUUAAUGAACUUAUCUGUUGAGUACAUUGAAGAAUAUUUUCUUCGUAGAUUUUGUUGUUUAAAUUAUGGGGCCUAACCUGCAACUCAUUUUUUGUCAAUUUUUUAAACUUUUUUUUAAUUACUGUAAAGAAAAUGAAUUUUUUCCUGCAGCAGGAAACAUAGUUUUGAGUAGUUCUACCUCUUAUUUGUAGCUGCCAGGCUUUCUGUAAAAAUUGUAUUGUAUAUAAUGUGAUUUUUACACACACAUACACACACACAAAUACACAACCUCUAAGGUAAGCCAGAGGGCUGGAUCAGAUUAAAAACACCAUGUUUCUAAGCAUCCAUUUUUCCCUUUCUUUAAAAGAAACUUACUGUGCUAUGAAGAGAUUGAGGGAGAAGGGAGAAGCUCCUAUGUAAUGGGAAUAACUGAUGUCUUGAUAAUAGUAAUAUCCAGGCAUAGAUGCUGAUUGUAUUGCCAUGUCGAUGUCCUAUACAGUAUUGUUACACAUUGUUUUCAUUUUGAAAUAUUUGUUUGUGUACAUACUCUGUGUGUGGCUGGUGCACAUAUGUGCAAAGUUGGAAAGAGACAGAGUGAAGGUAGGCGAUGGGCAAAGUUAUCCAGCCUCUUGUGUCAGUUUUCAUAAAACCCAAACCACAUAGGAAAAAUCCAUCAGAGGUCUAAGAGACUGACUAGUAUACAAAUGAGGGUAAAUGUAUUUUAUUGCCGGAUACCAUCAUUGAUCCAAGAGCUCGUAUUUACAAUACAAAGUCCAUAGGAAUAUUAAUAGACAAUUUACUUAUCUAUACAGUGUUUAUGGGAAUGCAGAUAGAUCUGCAGAGGUGUGUACAUAUAUACACACACACAUCCACACGUACAUUUUAGCAAUGCUCACACAUGUUUUUAGGAUGGAAAGGCAAUUAUUCCUUAUGAUUGGGACAUCUAGAAUAUAUAUAUAUGUGUGUGUGUGUGUGUGUACAUGUAUUU